AUGGUCUACUGCGGGCGCCCCUCGGCAAGUUGCGCGCUAUGUCGCACUAGCAAAAGACGACUUGUCCCAUCACCACUGACCGGCCACUACAUCCAGUGCGACAAAGCGGUUCCAUCCUGCGGACAGUGUACGUUACGAUGCCCCCGUUCCCCAUUCCAUACGAGAGCCCCACAACUCACCAUAUCCCCCCACAUCCCAGGCCGUCGGACAGGCCAGAAUUGCCCAGGCUACCACGAUGCAUCCAGCCUAAUCUUCCGUGACGAGACGAGCCGAGUCAUCGACCGCGCUCGCACUCGCAAGACUCGGCGUGCAAAUUUUCCCUCUAGCCAAAGGACAUCUGCCACGCCGUCUCCCGCCUCCUUCGAGCUGUCGUUGGUCGGGUUGCGGCCCCCGGCUUCAGUGUCUCAUGACUCCUCGAGCAGGUCCACACGAUACGAUAGCGACAACGACAACGACAAUUAUAAUGACCCGAACAUCCUAGAAAACUCGAUUCGAGAGGAUGAUGGGAAAUAUGCACAGGACAAGGAAGAGAGAGCAGCACACAAAUAUAAAGACCUCCCAGAUGAUCUCGGCGAUAGCAUGAUGUAUGGCGAUGGCCCAUUUGUGCCAGAUGACAUGGGCAUGUUAUUUGACGACACGGGUAUGUUGUGGGAGCCAGGUCAACUGAUGCCCGUAUCAUUGUUGUCAUCUGGUAAAUCCACGACGCCGAGCCUCGACUUGGACGGUCAGGUUCUGUCGAUGUUCAUAUCUCCCAUAAUGCCGUCUCAGAGCCUCGACGAGCUGGGGUUAAACUACUUCAUGGCCAACUACGUCAUAAAAGACUCUGGGCCGUGCCCCGGCGUCUUCAACUAUGCCAGUAACAUCCUCGCCGGGCCGGUCGGAGACGCGGAGCUGGCACGCGUGGCCAUCCGGGCAGUAGGCCUCGCCGGGCUAGCCAGCACCACGGGCGCCGACAGCGUCAUGCGCCAGGCGCGCUCCAGUUACGCCGAGGCUAUCGAGAGGGUCAAUAUGGCUCUAGUGGAUUCCCGUGUGGCCAGAAACGACAGCGCCAUCUUCGCUGUAAUGGUUCUGGGACUCUUUGAGAGCAUCACCUGCUCAGGCGAUGAAUCUCUUGAGGCGUGGAAGUGCCACAUCAACGGUGCCGCUAGCCUGUUGAUGCUUCGCGGCACGUCCCAGUUCCGUACAAGGCAAGGCCUACAGAUCUUCGGUGAGGCCGUCUCCCACGUACUCACACUAUGCUCGCGAUACGACCAACCUGUUCCGCCGCGCCUACGCUAUUUGCGUGUCGAGAUGGAGCGUAAUGUCAAUGGCAAGAGUCCAUCUUGGAUACUAAGUACUGCGCACAUCGAGGUUAUGAAUCUGUACAACCAAGUGCAGCCAGAACAGGAGACACCCUUCCUGGCCGGAGAGUGGGAGACGCUGCUCUCCCACGCCGCCGAACUCAGUCAGCGACUCGAGAACCUCUUCGCUGAGCUGCCCAUGAGCUGGCGUUUCAAAACGGUCAGUGACCCUACGGCGAAUCCACGCCUUGUCUUCCAGGGUAAAUACCAUAUCUACUACAACACGUGGAUUUCCAAGGUGUGGGACGGGAUGCGUGCAUGCCGCAUUAUCUUAAACCUGGUUGUAUAUUGCCUACUGCUACGCGAGGGACUUGCAUGGGCACCGCACGAAUUUGCAGACGGCGGCGCCUACACGAGCCUGCUACAGAGGACAUCGGACACAACGACGGAGAUGCGCGAUGAUAUCCUCGCGUCGGUGCCUCAGAUGCUUGGCUUUAUCCAGCACGAAGCCACAACUGGCGCCUCGUAUAUGAACUGUAGCAGCAGCACUGACCCAACACGCUUGGUCCCAGCCUCAGGCGCGUAUUUUGUCGUCUGGUACUUGUACCUUGCCGGGAGCCUCCCGAUCAACACGCCAGAGACACGUGAAUGGAUCGUGGACCGCCUGCGUGCCAUCCGCUCUACGACCGGCAUUCAGAAAGCAGCCUACCUGGCCGACAUGAUAGAGAAGGAUGCUGGCCGUCUUACUGCCAUGCUGCCGACGAGCGACUUUCUACUUCCCGCCUUUUAA